AUGGCUGUUUCCUUUGAGUUAUUAAGCGUCUUCAAAUCAUGCGGCCAAGAUAUCCAAGCCCCUUCCUUCAAUGAAACCUGUCCAUCUGAUCUCAGUGUUUUGGCUGACGAAGGGCAAAUGUCAGCUACAGUAAGCUGGGAGCCAGUCAUAGCCAUUGAUAACGAUCACGCCUUGGUCACUGUAACUCCGAAUGUCACAUCUCCACAUGUGUUUUCUGAAGGAAGUCAUACUUUGACUUAUACCGCAACAGAUCCGUCAGGGAAUACUAGAUUUUGUCACUUCAGAGUUACUGUGCUUGUGCUUCGAUGCGCUGUUCUCUUCCCCCCUGCCAAUGGAAAGUUUGAGAAUGAAGCAUGUGGAAAUGUGCAGGGAAGAGUUUGUCGCUUCAGUUGUAACAAGGGGUAUGAACUCAGGGGAUCAAUUGAGAGGACAUGUAAGAAGAAAGCAGAUGUUAAUGCGGUACACUGGACGGGAAACAAAACUUUCUGCGAAGCCAUUCGCUGUCCUACCCUCAACAUUUCCGAGAAUGCAAUAAAAACAGGGUAUGGCUGCUCUGAUCCAAGUGUCUUCUAUGGUACCUCAUGCUUUUUCUCUUGCAAAUUGGGAUACGAGGCUGUUGGAGGAUCAUCGAGACGAACCUGUCUGGAGACUUCACAGUGGAGUGGGGCUCCACUUGAGUGUCAGGCUCUCACUUGUCCCUAUUUUGCUAUUAAGUCAGAGGGUCUAGAUACCAGCCCGGCACUAUGCACCAAUACAAGUGCCGCCAUACAUUACCUUCAGGAGUGUCGGUUCACCUGUAAAGAUGGAUAUCAACAGUUUGGGCCAGGGAUAAAAACUUGCGGCCAACUGAAGACCUGGUUUCCAUUAGGAAAUCCAUCAUGCAGAGAUAUCAGAGGACCGGAGUUUCUCAACUGUCCAUCAAAUAUUGAAAAAUAUGCAGACAAAGGUACAACGUCUACUCAAGUCACAUGGUCUCCUCCAACAGCUACAGACAACUCAGGCUUUAUACGUAAUAUCACACACUUCGGAAAGCAACCUGGGGAGUCAUUUUCGUCUGGGGAACACAUAAUCCGGUAUUUGGCUUCUGAUAAAUCUGGAAACGUGGCUGAAUGCAGGUUUAAGGUCUUUGUUUCAGUCAUUCGCUGUGUGCCUAGAUUGUAUGCCCCGCCCGGAGGUACCUUACAAUGCACCAAAGACAAUCAGUAUGGAUCUCAAUGUACCUUCACGUGUCCUGCUGGACGCAAUUUGACAGGCUCUGCCCUCCGUGUUUGUCAGAAAGAUUCGGAAACUUCUAGAGGCUUUUGGACGGGAAAGGAGACAAGCUGUGAAUUGGUCCAGUGUCCACGCCUCGUCCCUCCACCACACAGUCUACAGGCUGGAUGCGGAGCUGGCUCUUUUCAUAACUUUUUUGGAGAUAAAUGUCUCUUCUAUUGUGACGUUGGAAGCCAGAUGAUAAACGGAUCAAACGAGAGAACAUGUCAAGCCAAUGGCACCUGGUCUGGAGAGCCGCCACACUGUCAAGUUGUGCAAUGUAAACCUUUGCAAGCUCCAAAAGAUGGUGCCGUGACUCCAAGUUCCUGCACAGCAUUUCCCAAAUAUGAUAUGAUUUGUCAUUUCACUUGCCAGAGAGGGUACAAAAUGACUGGGUGGCCGGUGGUGUCUUGCCUUGGUUACGGAGAAUGGUCAAGGAACACCACAACUCUUUGUAAAGAUGUUGAAAGCCCUUCCUUUGGUUUGACAUGCCCCGGAGAUAUCAGAAAGUACGCAGACUGGGCAAGAAAUUAUACCAACAUUACCUGGCCUCCUGUUAUUGCCAGUGACAACUCUGGUAAAGCACCAAAUGUAACAUCAAUCGGCGUGGCCAAUAUAUAUUACAAAGGGAAGCAUCAGGUAUUUUACAACGCCACUGAUCAAGCAGGAAAUUACAAGAUCUGCACAUUUUAUAUAACUGUCGAAGUUCUGCGAUGCCAAACUCUACUUCCUCCGUUGAACGGCUUUUUCGUAGGAGACUGCGUCAGCACUUAUGGGUCCACAUGCAGAAUCAGCUGCAAUGAUGGAUACCAAUUAACUGGAUCAGAGAAUGUCACGUGCUUGAACAAACCUGGACACAUCAUCGGGUACUGGGACAAACCUUCUGGAAUUUGUAGAGCACGAUCAUGUUCCUCCCUAAGUGCGCCACAACAUGGCUAUUUAUAUCCACACAUGUGCUCGUCAUUUCCUGUUAGCGGAACCACGUGCUUUUUUGAGUGCCAGCAUGGUUACCAAAGCAAUGGACGGGUCAGUCGAAUACAGUGCGGACUAGAUGGAAAAUGGAACGGGACCCAAUCUUUCCCCUUAAAAUGUAUUGAUGUUACUUCGUCCAUAUUUCUGAGCUGUCCUUCAGACAUCCGCGUGAGUCUAAGUGUUAACUCUACUGUAAUGGUCAACUGGACCGAGCUGGUUGCAAGGGACAAUAGCAACUUGAUGCCAAAUAUUACAGUUGACCCAUCAGGAGUUCGGCCACCUCAUAGAUUUAAUGAAACCACCCUUGUUGUCUACACUGCAAUGGAUGGAAGUGGGAACAGAAAACAGUGCGCUUUUAAAGUCACAUUAGAAGAUGAAUUAAGUCCUGAAGUUGUUUACUGUCCUGCGGACCAAAGUAUUACCACCACAUCGUUGAAAACAGAGGUGACAUGGAAAGAACCACAGUUUAAAGACAACAGCAAUGACCCAUUGACUAUUAAGUGCAGUCACCAGAGUGGUACCGAGUUUUACUGGGGAACCUGGAAUGUACAUUGUACGGCCCAAGACAACAACCCAAAUAACGAACCGGCUCUCUGUCAGUUUACGUUAACUAUAAAACCGAAAGAUUGUCCGGAUCUAAGUCCACCCAAGAAUGGAGCCAAGGCAUGUGAUGACUGGGUAUUCGGAACUUUUUGUUCGCCUUCUUGCAACGACCGUUGGGACUUUGCCCAAGAGCUCAGAGAUAGUGUAUGGGUUUGCGGGUCCUCAGGCUCGUGGUUUCCCAGAAACCGCUUCCCGGAUUGUUCAGUAGUUUAUCGAACUGGUUCUGUUCGAAUGGCGAUGCAUUUACAUUACUUUACUGGUGACUGCGGUACGCCAGAGGCUCAAGCAGAAAUAGCACAGAACUUCAUCUGGCUUCUGAAUACAUCUUAUUUCAAUGAUGUCUGCCAAGACCCAGCACUCAAAGACAAGUGCACAGCAGAAAACGUUAAAGUCACGUGUGCUGAUGUCGAAUCUACCAACUUCAGGAGAAAACGAGACCUAUUUAUGUACGCUGUUUUAAGAACAGUUAACGAUGGUCAUCAUGACAGAGAACGACGAUCCGUUUCGCGCGCAGUAAUUACUGUUGAUAUUGUGGUAAACCUUGAUGGCAUUCAAGCUAACGGGUCUAAGGAGGGCCAGAUUAUGGUGGGAGAGGAAGGCAUGAAAGUCGCCAAGAACAUGAGUAUUCAGCUCAAAAGUGCAGUCAAUAACGACAGCCUAGUUCUCAGCAUCAAUGGCACUAAUAUCAAACCUGAUAAACAGUCGCUAAACAUCUCCGAACCCACAUGUGUUUAUAGCAGAGGACAAGUUUAUAGAGACGGAUAUUGUUUAAACUGCACAGUUGGAACUUACUUGAAUAAGACAACUCAAAGUUGCGAGGACUGUCCCAUUGGAACAUAUCAAGAGGAUGAAGGACAAGAACGCUGUUUGGCAUGUCCACCGAAAACUUCGACAACAGAAUCCAGAACAGGAAACCGUUCCAGCUGCUUAGCUCUCUGCAAAGCUGGUUCGUUCUCGCCAACCAGACUAGAGCCUUGUUUUGUCUGUGACAAAGGCCUAUAUCAGGAGAAGGAAGGACAGCGCCACUGCUUGAAAUGUGGUGUCAACGAAACAACUCCUGCUGAAGGAUCCAACAGCUCUACGCAAUGUGGAGUUCCGUGCUCUCCUGGGUCAUUUUCUCCAACUGGACUGGCUCCUUGCAAUUCAUGCGACCGGCGUUCAUUCCAACCACUAAGUGAGAGUCGCGCGUGUUUCCUAUGCCCCGGGACGACUGUGACCAGAAAUCCUGGUUCAAGAAAUCCCCAAGAUUGCAUAGAAAUCAACGAAUGUUACUCGAGCCCAUGUAAAAGUAAUUCCACCUGUACUGACCUCAUUGGAGACUUCCUGUGCUCUUGUCUACCGGGUUAUACCGGAAAGGAAUGUGACAUCAACAUUGAUGAAUGUCAAGACCAGCCUUGUUUCAACAAUGGCACGUGUCAUGACCUCGUAAACACCUACACUUGCUCCUGUGCUCAAGGGUAUCAAGGAUUUAACUGCGACGAAGAUAUAGAUGAGUGCAUUUCUUCACCGUGCCCUGAGAAUGCCACAUGUGAAAACCUCCCAGGGAGAUACAGAUGCGAGUGUGAGCCUGGUUAUAGUGGUAGUCUCUGUGAUGAGGACAUUGAUGAAUGUCUGACAUCUCCGUGUCAGAAUGGAGCCAAGUGUACAGACAAAAUAAACUAUUACGAAUGCCUCUGUGCAUUGGGUUUUCAAGGGAAUAACUGCGACGAAAACAUCAACGACUGUGCGAACAUUUCCUGUCAAAACGGAGGCAUAUGUCUAGAUGGAAUCAAUAGUUAUCGUUGUAGUUGUCCUGUAGGUUUCAAUGGGACGAAUUGGGAGUACAACAUUGACGACUGCGUGGGUGCAGACUGCCAAAACAAUGCAACGUGCAUCGACGAGGUCGAUGACUUCUUUUGUUUCUGUAACAAAGGUUUCUCCGGUGAGAGCUGUGAGAUUAACAUCGAUGAGUGUCUUUCCAACCCUUGCAAGAACCAGGCUACAUGCUUGGACAUGGUCAACGGAUAUAACUGUAAGUGUCCCGGUGGUUUUGUUGGUUUACACUGCGAGAACAAUAUUGAUGAUUGUGCCACAAGUCCUUGCUCCAACAACGGAUCUUGCAAGGACGGCGUAAACAGAUUUUCGUGCGUAUGUCCGCCAGGUUUCACUGGUAAAACUUGUAACGUGGACAUCGACUUCUGUGCCUCGAUUCCAUGUCUUAACAACGGUUCAUGUUUCGAUGGUAUUACUUUCUUCACCUGUGAAUGUGCUGAUGGUUUUGAUGGAGAGCAGUGUCAGACUAAUGUGGACGAUUGCAAAAAUUCCACCUGCAUGAAUAAUAGCACCUGCCUUGACGGCAUAGCUGAAUUCAGAUGCGCAUGCGCCGAGGGGUUUGCCGGUGCCAACUGCGAAGUAAACAUUGAUGAAUGUGAGCAGAAUCCAUGUUUGAACGAUGGAAUAUGUACCGACAUGAUCGAUGACUACAGAUGCACUUGUGCACGGGGAUAUACUGAAAAGAACUGCAGCGUUAACAUCGACGAAUGUUCUUCCCUUUCUCCUUGUUACAAUAAUGCUACUUGCGUCGACAGAGUGGAAAACUACACGUGUGUCUGCCUAGAUGGAUUUAGCGGACGGCACUGGGAAUUUGACAUUGAUGAUUGCCACCUAAGUCCAUGUAGUAACCAUUCCACAUGCGUAGAUGGAAUAAACAGUUACACUUGCCACUGUGAGCCUGGAUUCACUGGCGUCUCAUGUGAUGUUGAGAUUGAUGAAUGCGCUUCUUUCCCUUGUUAUUAUAGCGGAAAAUGUUUUGAUAAAGUCAACGGCUUUACCUGCGUUUGCCCGACUGGGUUUACAGGCGGUCAAUGCGAAGCCAAUAUGAACGAUUGUGAAUCACAUCCUUGUGUAAAUGAUGGUAUCUGCUUAGAUCUAGUAGCGAACUACUCUUGUUUGUGCCCAGAAGGCUUUAGUGGCUCACACUGUGAGAAGCGCGUUGAUUACUGCAGAGAGUCUAAUUGCACUGGAAAUGGAUACUGUGUCAACUCUCGUACAGAAUAUUAUUGCAACUGUAGUACUGGGUACUAUGGAAAAUACUGCGAGUUUGAAACUGAUGAGUGCCUGGUGGGGCCGUGCUUUAAUAAUGCUACCUGCUAUGAUGCCAAAAGCAAUUUCACUUGUUCCUGCUUGGAUGGGUUCACGGGAAAGUACUGUGAAGUUGACAUCGAUGACUGUGAGGAGAACCCCUGUCUAAACAAUGCAACUUGCAUUGACGAAACCCCUGGGUAUUCCUGUGAAUGCUCAGCUGGCUACAAUGGGACCUACUGUCAGACAGAGAUUGAUGAAUGCGAGUCGAGUCCAUGUUCUAACAAUGGUACCUGCACCGAUUUGACUCCUGGAUACAACUGCUCGUGUGCUGAUCAGUUCUAUGGAGAAAACUGUGAAAAUCUACUCGAUGUCUGCCGGUCAGCCCCCUGUCAACACGGAGGAACAUGCAAUGCUGACAAUUCUACAGGAAACUACACUUGCUAUUGUUUAAGCGGUUUCACCGGAAUUGCAUGCGAAGUGGACAUUGAUGACUGUACCCCAGAUUCUUGUAAAGCGAACGCUUUUUGUAUCGACCUGGUGAAUGACUACAGAUGCGAAUGUUUCCCUUCCUACUCAGGAGAUAACUGUGAGAUCUUCCUUGGCAGCAACUUCGACCUCCUAUUCAAACGACAGUCAUCAAAGGACAUGGUUUUCUUACCAGAUGGAAAAAAUAUCCCAAGCAUGAUUGGCUUCACGAUUGCACAGUUUGUGCGAGCAGACUCGAAGUACACAUCCGGGACAUUGUUCAGCUACAGCGUUCCUGAGAAUCCAGAAGACAUAAUAAUACUAUCCUAUAUAGAAUCUCAAAUCGUAUUGGAAAUUAAGGCUGAUUUUAGAUUAGCAGAUGACAGCUGGCAUUUUGUUGGAGUCACAUGGGAUGGAGGCCUUGGAAGUACGUCCGUAUAUAUCGAUGGAAUGGAAAUUAAGAAAGUAAGCAAUGUAAAAACCGAGGAAAUCAUCACAGGAGGUGGAUGGAUUGUUCUUGGUCAGCGGUACCUUGCAGAAGAAAAGAUUGCAGCUCUUUCUUCGGCAUUUGUAGGAAGACUUCAUCAAGUGAGCAUUUGGAAUGUUGCAGCGACGCGCGACCACAUGUGGAAUGCCGCUCACGACUGCAGCUGGCCCAUUGCAGGAAGUCUAAGAGCUUGGAGUAGCUUUCUCCCAGGCAUAAAAGGACAAGUAGAAAAGAGAUUUAUGACCCAGUGUAAAGCUUUGAAAAUGUGCACAACUAACUGCUCACACUUCCUACACUGCGAGUCUCGCGAUGGAUUUUACUACUGUAGCUGUCAAGCCGGAUUUACCGGAGAUCACUGCAAUGUUAACAUUAACGACUGCAGCCAAAAUUCUUGUCUGAAUGGAAAGUGUGUUGAUGCAGUAAGCCAUUUUGAGUGCAUCUGCAACGAGGGCUAUUAUGGUGACAGCUGCGAAAAGAAGAUCAUAAGUGAAGAAGAGUGCCCAGAUUUGAAACAGCCAACGAAUGGUAAAAGCUCUUGUCGUAAGGUUUCUGGACAAAUGCUGUGCAUCUUCUCGUGCGAUGAAGGGUUCUCUUUCAGUGAAGAAGCAAUAAGUCAAUAUACCUGCGGGCCUGAAUCUGAUUGGAAAUGGAACAGCAUGGAUGAAGUAGAAGUAUCAACUUGUUUACGAAAGGCACCACCAAAAGAAAUAGAGCACGAUUUCGCGUUAAAAUUCCCUGGAAUGCAGUGCAGCAGCCAAAACCAUAAAGAACUGCGCACUGCGAUCGAAAGUGAAACUAGUGACACACUUCUCACAGUCCCAGGAUGCCAGACAUGCCAAUUGCAAGAGGUCGAAGUUCCCGGAUGUGAAAUAUCAGCGACUAAGAGGAAGAGAGCAGUAGAACAAGCCACGGAAGUUAUUGUCUCACUGAUUGUCUCUAAAUCUGUUAAUACAUACGAAUACGAGGUGGAAGAAAAAAGUGAAGCAGUUUUGUUCCAAAUGAGAAGCGCAGUGGCCACAGGGCAAUUCGUGAUCAGCUUUAAGGGAAUGAACAUGACUGCUGAUAAAUCAUCUUUUCAAGUUCUCCGAUCCAGCGUUACUUGCAGUGCAGGUUUCCUUAAGAGUAGGGAUGGGAAAGGAUGUGUGGCCUGUCUCGUGGGUACCUUCCACGAUCAAGGCAGUUCCAGAUGUAAACCUUGUGAUAAAGGCACCUACCAGGAUAAGGAAGGACAGUCUGUAUGUACAGCAUGCGGAGAACAAAAAUCAACGUUAAACGUUGGGGCAACUUCGAGCAAAGACUGUUCUGAUGAUGAAGAAAGUGUCAAUAUCUAUGUGCUGGCAUCAAUAAUCGCUUGUGUAGCUGUCGCAGCAAUUAUCUGCGUCAUCAUUGCACACAAAAGACUAUGUAAAUCAAAUCGUUUCAAGCAGAACAAGGUGGCCCACGGUAGCACUCAUCAUCGUGGGGCCUAUAAAUCAUGUUAA